AUGGUUGAUAACGAGUUCGGGCGAGGAUCGCGGAACUGGUUGCUUCACGCGCGAUAUGUUAGAGGCGAGCACGCGCAGUGUAUAGAUUUAGCGGAUGAUUUACAGAGACAAACCAGCAAUACGCACAGAUACGCGCAUUUUAUAAAGGGUUCAGUUUUGGCUGACGCAGGCCGACUUCAGGAAGCCUUCGAGAAAUUCCACAGCUGCAUCAGGCUUCAGCCACAGGACCCUGAGCCUUUGAAACAAGUCGCCAAAUGCUUAUUUCACCAGAGCCGUUUUCAACUUUCUCUAGAAGCUUACCUCGAGGCUGAUAAGUUAACAAAAUAUCCGGAUGCCGAUAUCUACAGCGCUCUCGCGGAGUGUGCAUGGAAGCUAGGAGAUAUUGAGCGUGGGGUGGAAUGGGCACGAUCAGCAGUGCAGGCGGGGGGAGGCGAGCGUGCGGGAUCUCUGUUGGCGCGAUUGUUAUUAUCAAGUGGGGAUGUCAAUGGCGCGCUGGCAGCCUACGAUCAGGCGCUCACUGCUCACGCAUGUGGAGCAGAUACACUAGCAGCAGCAGGAACUCUGCAGCUUAGAGCUGGUGACCCUCGUCGCGCCUUUCAGCUCUUAGGCGCUGCAUUGGCUCAACAGCCGACUCAGCAUGCUGCAGCCCUAGCUCUGGCUGCUAUGAUGCUGCAGCAUAAAGACGUGGACGCGGCUCUCGCUAGGCUGAAAGCUGCGUUAACUGCGCAUCCGACUUGUGUUGCUGCGCACACCAAUCUUGGGUUGGCCUUGUUGGUUAAGAAAAAGUAUAUUGCUGCACUCACAUGUCUUCAGCGCGCAGUAUGGGCGGCGCCAUUAAGCGGUCGAGCCGCUCAUAACUUGGGACUUGCUCUGUUGUUGUGCAAGCGCCCGGCGUCCGCCUUCUGCAGGCUUGCAACUGCCGCAGCUUUGCAACCUACACAGCAUUACACUGUACUGCUGAUCGCAGUAGCUUUAGAACGUCUAGGGGACAGUCGAGCCGACGCCGCGUACGCUAGGGCGGCUGCGCUUGGACCAGAUGAUCCUCUCAUCAGACUAAACCUGGCUGGGCGACACGCGCGAGCAGGCCGAUUGAGUAACGCAGUUGAAGAAGCCGGCAUUGUUGCACAGCUUUUGCAAAUUGAGAAAAGUGAUGCACAGUUAAUUAGUGCUUUAGCGACGUUGUUGGCCCUCCUUCGAAGCGCCGGCGUAGAGUUGUCAGAUUUGCCAAACACCAUUCCGGAAACGGAUAUAGAGGUGCCAAGCACGGAAGACGUUAACACGCCUGAGGAAGAACAGUUGGCGUCGGAUGAAGUUUAAUGUAUGAUAUUUAUAUAAUGUUGUUAACCAUGUGUUGAAAUACCAUGCCAUACAGGUAACAUGCCUAACCAACAGGGAUAAAGAUACAUGUAGUCGAUAUAAAGGACGUACCUACUUUUCACAAAACACUAAGCAAAAAUAAACUUUUAAGUUUUAUACAUUGCCUUGGACGUCUCGGUUGCAAUUAGUUAGGGUCAAUUUACUUUGCGGCGGAACGGAAUGGAAGCGAAUUUUUGUAACGAAAUUGUACAUUGUA